AUGAAAAAGGAAGAAAUUUUUAAGGAAAUCCAUCAGGAGCUAUCCAUUGACCUAAAAAAUUUACAACGUUUUACAAUUUUUCUUCUUCUAACCAUUUCGCGAAAUGCUCUCAUGGGAGGUAAGUUCUCAAUAAAUUUGCGAAUUGUUCAACCCACUCGGCUUAUUCUUGAUCCAUCCCUUCUCUUAGCUUUCAAACGCCGACAAAUGAACGACCUGGUGAAGUUCGAGUCCUUCAUUCGGGUGCCGGAGAUAUUCUUCGACAUGAUCGGAAUCACACGCUACGGGGAAGCUCGAGAUACCUGGAAGGCUCGACUCAAGCAGGCGUUCUUCUGGAGUUCAUACGCCAACACAAUUUUCUGUCUGAUCAUUGAGCAUAUCUACUUCAUCAAAGCGGCGGGGAACUUCACGAACUUUUUGGAAUUGACGGCCUUGGCACCGUGCAUCGGAUUCACGGCGCUGUCGAUAGUCAAAAUUAUGACGAUCAAGUUGAACGAAGCCAAGUUGAACGGAAUUCUCGAUCGGCUUAGUGACUUAUUCCCGAGGAGUCACCUCGAUCAGGAUCGAUAUCGAACGUACAACUAUAAUCUCGAGUCGCAAAUGGUGAUGAAGUCAUUCUCGAUUCUCUACAUGAUCUUGAUUUGGAUCUUCAAUCUGCUUCCGUUGGUAUCGAUGUUGGUGAACUACAUUUCGACUGGAAUACUGGAAAAGGAGCUUCCCUACUUCAUGUGGUAUUGGUAUGAUUGGCACAAGGCAGGUUACUACGAGAUAACGUUCUUCCACCAGAACUGGGGAGCCUUCGAUUCAGCUGUGUUCAACCUCAGCACGGAUUUACUCUUUUGUGCAAUCAUUCUUCUGAUUUGUUUGCAAUUUGACAUAUUGGCGUACAGAUUGCGACAUGCUAAAGGUGAUUAUAAGGAGUUGGAACAAUGUGUAAAACUGCAUCAGUCAGUCGUUGAGUUGAGCAACCAGCUGGAAGGAAUAUUCUCACCUUCCAUUUUGGUCAACUUUGUCGGAAGCUCGGUAAUAAUCUGUCUGGUGGGAUUCCAAGCUACGUCCAAUAUCAGUGCAUUCGAUUUGUUCAAAUUCAUUCUCUUUCUGAUUUCAUCGUUAGUUCAAGUUUUUCUAUUGUGCUACUACGGAAACAAAUUGAUUGAAGCGAGUUCACAAAUAGGGUACUGUGCCUUCGAAGGUACAUGGUACAUGGCAGACUUGCGCUACCAAAAGUCGCUUCUUUUCGUGAUGACUCGAGCUGGCCAGUGGCAAAAGCUGACGGCGAUGAAAUUCUCCGUAGUUUCGUUGGCAAGCUAUUCGGCGAUCUUAAGUACGUCGUUUUCAUACUUCACCUUGCUGAAGACCAUCUAUGAACCAAGUCAGAAGUGAAUGGACGUAAAUUUGAAAAAAAUGAAACAAAAUGAUUUUAAGGUAUAGUUGAAAUCAACUUCUGAAAUAAAUAUAUUCAAAUAUAGAUUCAUACUGCUAAAAUCUGGCAGUUUGACGUAAGCACCAUUUCAAUUCUUGGCACUUUUGGAAUAUCAAACAAAAGCUAUUGACUAUUUGUGAGAAUUUAUCCUCCAGAAUGAAUAAUGAGCAUUAGUUCUUGAAACCCUAUGUUACAGAAACCCAUUAUAAUACAGGAAAUUUAAGAGAAUUCUUUUUGUAAACGUAGACACCUGAAAUUUACUAAUAAAACAAUGGAAAAGCCUGGUAAUAUCAAUUAGA